UCAAGAUGCUGGACCUUCACUGGAAAGCAAUGUGUCAGGAUUAACACAGGUUCACCAACCUACUAUCCUUAUUACUGAAGACUGAAGACCGAAUGAUCAUGGUAUUAAUAUACCUAAUCUUUUCCUUGAGUCUAGGGUAGAUCAUUUGAGAGAAUAUUCCAGGAAAUUUCAACUACCGAAAUUAAAUUGUUGACAUGUGGAGUUCGGUUACUCGCACCGAGUGUUGAUUUACUGGAGUUCUAUGCCAUAACACGUGAUAUCAGCACCUUCUGAUGACACAUUUGAAAGUGAUUGAACCUUCUCAGUAUUGAAAAUUUCAAAGGGCAAAAUAGGUCGAUUGAUUUCUUUUUCUCACCACUGAAAUCUGACCCAUGUGACGACACAAUGUAGUUGGAUGCUGAGCUCUACGCGCGGGCAACUCCAAUGUUUACGACACGUUUGGGUGUUUGGAAACUGGAGUGUGAUUUUGUCAAAACGGUUGUUAUGAUAUUUUUCGCUUAAUGGUCGUUUUCCUGUAUGUAUGAGGCUUCUUAAAUGUCGUCAAAUCUUGUAGGAAGAUUUUUCGUAGUUCUUAAAUAUGUUUUAUCCCAUCGCUUAAUUGACACGAGCCUUGGUGAACUCAUUUAUUCAUGCAAAUGUCGGGAUUUCUGCCAAAAUUUUGGUGGCUCAUCAUUUUUGUCCCUUAUUUGUCCUACGAUUGCGAAAUCGAUAGUUGAUGUACCGGACGUCUGAAAAUAGUCCAUGGAGUUUCUACUUAGUGCUCCGUGUUCAUGGUUAGUUUCAUUGUGGAAAGGAAAGCUGAAAGUUGAUCUUUCUGUGUGUAAUAUCCAGUUUAUCAUGCAGGUGAAGAGUGGAAAUUUUUUUAGUAAAUUUAAGUGAAAAGCAGACCGCCAAAAAUUCCUAGACAUUUCCUCUCUAGAAAGACAAUUAGAGGGAAGGUCUCGCUAUUUCCUUUCGUCAGGCGAAUAGACAGAUAUUUUGACGCGUUGUUCCUUUACCCCUUAUUUUUUAAAGUUAUAUCUUUCGCUUUCCCCGUGUUGGGUUUGUUCCAUUUUUUGUUGGCUAGGUUCGUAUGUUCACCAUGAACCAUUUGAUAAAACUCUAGUGGUAAGACUAUAAUUUAUGGACGACCGAAGAGUCAGAUUUAAGGUGGUCACCCUUGAAUUUUGUCGUUCGUGAGCUUCAUUUUGUUGACCCAGGUGGUUUUAACGAGUAAUUUUGAAACCAUAUGGAUACAUCCAGAUAUAUAACUUUGGCUGCCUAAAUCCCGAUCGUAGCUGCUACCUUGAUGUGGUAGGGCUUGCUUAUCGUGAUGACCCAACCGGACUAUAUUGGCUGGAACACAUGUUCCUGUAGGUUCUACCAUGCCAGGCAGAUCGAUUGGUGAACGGUAAGACUAAAAGCAGCAACUCAAGGUCUGAGGGCGAAGUCGUACUGCUGACUGUAGAGGGGUGCGACAGCAGUAAGGUGUUUCCUUGGACAACCAGCAUGACAGCGAUGCUGCCUUCUCACAAGGAGGGGUAGGGUUAGAAAAGGUCGACCCUAAAAAUGUCACACCUCACCUUACCUCACGGAUUUCCGUCUCCGGCGGUAAGGCCCUUUGAAGAACGGAGCUAACACGUUAAAAACCUUCCACGAAAAGGCCGUGCGCAACCGGCCUCAAACAGUUGUCCCUUGGGCUCUGUGGUCACGCUCCCAGGUCGUUAAGUCAUUAAGGAAACGUAACACACAUCUGCUGUAUGCUUGUCAUAAUAUUUCAUAUAUUGGAGGAAGAUAUUUGUUGUUUUGUUUGAAUCCUCCAAACAAACCAAAAACGCAUGCGAAUAAUCAUGUCCAACUAUGAAACUGAGUUCAGUUUUUAUGAAGUUUCAAGUAAAUAUAUAAAAACCUUAAGGAAUUGUAUUGAAUAUUGUUUUGUGCCUAGCCUUGUUAUUCUUAUUUGUCUUCCUUCUAGGUAUAUCACCCUUGAACGGAUUAAGUGGUAGUAUAGUUGGGUCACAUCUAAAGCUGUUCAUAAGUUCCUUCUGCACAAUUGAUUUCUCAUGUGGCAAUAUCCCGUUUGGUUGUUUGCGAUUUUCCAUCUUAGCAAGUCUUAUGGUUACGUUAUUGAAGGUACUGUUGUAAUGCCUCCUGAAGCUCCUCCAGACUGGCAUGUCAACACACGAAUUAACAUAGCUGGUGAUCAGUUCGUUGGUUUUGUGAAAGCAGAUGGUAACUUCGAAGUAACUAAUGUCCCAUCUGGAUCAUAUAUAGUUGAAGUCAUAAAUCCCGUCUAUUAUUUCCAGGGUGUUCGGGUCGACAUAAGUUCUAAAGGCCGUAUUCGGGCGCGUCAGCUAAAUGCACCACAGCCUAAUGCUGUGAAAGAACUCCCGUAUCCCUUACGUCUUUCCAGUUCUGGAAGAGCAGUCUACUUCAAGGCACGUGAACAACUACGUACCUUAGAUCUAUUAUUCAAUCCAAAUGUUCUUUAUGUGCUAGUUCCAUUAUUACUGGUUGUGAUAUUGACAAAACUAGUGAAUACUAAUGAUCCUACUGUACAAAAAGAGAUGCAACAAAUGAAUAUUCUUAAUCCACAACAACAAUUACCUGAUAUGAGUGAAUUCCUUUCGUCACUGUCUUUACUCGGUGGAAAUACUAAAAAGACCACUCCAACAACAAUAAAUAAACGAAAAUCUUCAGAAAAGCAUCGCCAAAUUACGAAUAGUGCAGGGAUUUCUGAGAGUUCAAAUCAAUACAAUACCGUCGGUAACACUAGUAGUCCCACUUCCAGUUCAUCGAAUGCAUCAUCAAAAAGAACAACAACAAAGGCAAGAAAAGCCGAAUAAACAAGCCGAUAUAUAUAUGAUAUAUUACAAAGUAAUUGAUUUACCAAAAUUAUUUUUUAUUUGUAUUUGAAUGAAUGAAGAAAAUGACUCACUUUCACUUGCUCAUCUAUUUUGUUUUCCUUCCUUUCAAUGUUUAUCUUACAAUAAUGAAUGUAUUUAUUAUUCAACGUGUUUUUUAGCCAGUGUGGUUGAUUUUUCGAAUUUACUUCCCAUUUCAUAAUCAGUCGUUCUAAAAUAUUACUUAAAUAUUCGUUUUCUUUUAAUAAACAAGAUCACAGUUAAGCACAAUAUGCUGGUUAAUGUAGUACGUGCAUGUGUAUUUGUAAAUUUAUGUGCUCUAGUAAAUUAAAACUCGUUUUAUUUUUCAAUAAUUGUUACGUUUAUCACUUAAUCUGGUUUCUAUUCAAGUAGUGACCAGUAUCAGCUGCCGUUGGAGGCACUUGAUUGAAGACCGUCGUUUCUUUUGGCGUACAUGUUUAUUCUCAAUAAUACUUUGGUGUCUAACUAGAACUUGUGAGGAGCGAAUCCGAGAAAAUCAGUCUGGAUUGAAACCUGGACGUGGGUGUGUAGAGAAAAUAUUCACAUUUCGGCAGAUUAUGGAACAUGAACAUACUUCUCGACAUCUGACUGUACUUUCAUUCCUUGACCUCAAGAUGGCAUUCGCUUAUGUUGGUCGUGAGGUUUCGUGACAGUGUCUUAUUAAAAGGCAUAAAGAAGAAGUACAUCAACAUUGUGUGGGCUCUCUACUCGAACACUACUGGUCGAAUAAGAGUUUGUGGUGAACCGUUAUCGGAAUUGGUAUUGCUUACAUCAAGCCGUGUUCGUCAGGGUUGACCGCUUUUUCAAUUCUUACUAAACUUUGUCAUAAACAUGCUUUUAGAGAUAACUCUGUUUGGUGAAGACGCUCACAAAGAGCAGUCUUUUGGCCACCUUAAGCAACAAGUCAAGCAUUUUUGGGAUGCGGCUCUCCCCUCCAAAUGUAAAAUGCUACUUCAGAGUUGGCUUGGGUCAUUGCGUGAGAUAAUUAUAGGGAGAGAAGUAGUUGAACGCAUUGAACACCUCACUUAUCUUCGAAUUCUCUUUUGUACUUUUGUCUAACGGAAUCUCGACGCGGAUUCAGGCUGAGUACAGACGCUUUCAUAAUGGCUUUAACACGUUUCAUACGAAGGAGAGAGACUCCAAAAGAAAUCUACAGUGAUGACGAAACUAACUCUGUUGGGACAUCUUAUGGAUUACGAAAUGGUAUGAGCGUACGGAAAAAGCACUGAAUAGACGAUUUCACAUUCAUGAUGUAGAUGCCUAAAUAUUUCGACCCUCCACUGUCUAACCAUCGAGAUCCUCCUCGAAGGGUCCUUCUGGCCAUUUUUGACGAUUAUGUUUAAGACGAUGACAGUUUAUUAGCCCACUUUGUAGAAAUAGACAGAACUUUUAAUAACCGCCCCAUCUUUUCUGCGACAUCGUACGAGAACAUUGGUUUAGCACUUGCGUCUAACACCCCGCUGCUACUUAAAGAUUGUGGUGGUUUUGGGAUGAAGUUCAGUACUGCGGAUGGGCAUUCUUAAAUUUUAUAGAUUUGGAAUAGAUGGUUCACGGAGAUGAGUACUUCACAAUUUAUAAUUAAAUUACAUUGAUCCUUUUAAUAUUUUUUAAAUGCAGAAACCAAUGUCCUUGUAUAAUUACCCUGAC